UACCUAAAUGUUUACAAAAUUUUAUAGUUUGAGCAAAAUUUAAAAUUAAAAAAAAUGCAGGUUCCUUUUUAUCGAAGUUCAUGUUUUAAUUUAAUCUGUGAUAUGUCAAACAAGUGUUGGUUUUUUAUACUUCAUCUUCUUUGCUUCUUUUUCCUUCUGUAACCUGAUGAUAAUGCUUAAUUUAGUAGGUUCUUUUCCUUUUGACAUCAAAAUAUUUGUUUUAAUUUGCAAUUCUAAUUUAUUUUCAACGCCGCUCUUUAUUCUUUGAAUCCAUUCUUUCGCAAGAUCCAUCAGACACAGGCACCACCUCAAGAACAAAGAGGCCCCAGUUAAACAGUUCAUCAAAAUGGCGAAUUUUUUACUUUCUCGAGCUUCACGUUUCAGACUAUUAAAACCCUCUUUGUCUCUCUUGGCCAACACGGCUAAAUCAACAGUUAUCUCUCACGCUCAUCCCGUAUUAAACCCUAAUUUAAACCCAUUUCGUCCUUUUCAACGUUGGACUCCGAAUCUCGAAGAAAGUCUUAGAUUCGUCUCCAUUGCUAGAAUUUAUACUACACAUACAGGUAUAGCCAAGAAAGGAGAGAAAGAAAGUGGUAGUAAUAGCAAUGACAUUUCAUGGAUUGACUUGUUUCUACCCAGAACAGCCAGGCCUUAUGCGAAGCUUGCCCGCCUCGAUAAGCUUGGGACUUGGCUGUUGGCUUGGCCUUGUAUGUGGUCAAUUACAAUGGCGGCAGCCCCUGGACACCUCCCUGAUUUGAAGAUGUUGACUCUAUUUGGCUGUGGCUCUCUGCUUUUAAGGGGUGCUGGAUGUACUGUUAAUGAUCUCCUUGAUAGAGGCAUUGAUACAAAGGUGGAACGUACAAAGUUGAGGCCCGUUGCUAGCGGUCUUUUGACACAUUUUCAAGGACUUUGUUUUCUUGGAUUUCAAUUGCUUUUGGGUCUUGGGAUUCUCCUUCAAUUGAAUAAUUAUAGCCGUAUUUUGGGGGCGUCAUCCUUGUUGCUAGUCUUCUCUUACCCCCUCAUGAAGAGGUUCACCUUUUGGGUAAUGGUCGUAUUGGGCUUGACCUUUAAUUGGGGAGCCUUGUUAGGGUGGGCUGCAGUAAAAGGGAGUUUAGAUCCGGCUGUUGUGUUUCCAAUGUACAUAUCAGGAGUUUUUUGGACACUUGUGUAUGAUACAAUAUAUGCACAUCAGGAUAAAGAAGAUGAUCUGAAAGUUGGUGUGAAGUCUACUGCUUUAAGAUUUGGGGAUUCAACCAAGAAGUGGAUUUCUGGGUUUGGAAUUGCUUGUGUUAGUGGUCUUGCCCUCAGCGGAUUCAAUGCUGAUAUUGGGUGGCCAUAUUAUGCAUUUUUGGCAGCAGCAUCCGGGCAUUUAGGUCGGCAAAUAUGGACAGUUGACCUUUCAAGCCGUGCUGACUGCAAUAGAAAAUUUGUGUCCAACAAAUGGUUCGGUGCUCUUGUUUGUGGUGGGAUUCUAUUCGGAAGAUUUGUACAAUAACGGUAGAGGUCCUUCUGACAUGAUAGAAUUGAUAACAGAAUUGAAUAAAUUUCCUGAUUCAACAAUAGGUACUCUUUGUUAUGGUUGCUUGAUGAUAUGCUGAUGCCGUCGAUUGAUCAGUCGAUUAGGACAAUCUAAACUCAUUAUUUCGUGUGUUCUGGAGCAGUCAUCUUCCUUUGUGGUAUUGUUGCAUAAGCUAGUACUUGUUGGUGCUUCAGAAUACAUUUUCAUUGAUAGGCUUGUGCUAGGUAAUUUAAACGUUUCUCGGCAGCCUUGGCUCCGUGGCUCGAUUGUUAACAACAGUAAUGGGGAGAUUCAGUGGUGGUUUGGGUUUUAGGGGUGUAAAUGCAAGUUUCGAAACCUAUUAAAAGGCAAAACUGCAAGUUUUCUAAAGGAUGUAUUGUAGAUUAGGACAUUUAGAGAGUCAAGAUCAUCUUUGAAUGCCAAGUGAAUUGAUGUUGGUUACAAAGAAAAAUAUUUGGAACUUCUUUAAUAUCAUUUUUGUUUAGCCU